AUGCCUUACAACUAUUAUCUUGUGUACAAACCUGGUAAAGAUGAGAAAAACACAGCUGACUUCCUUAGCCGACACCCAAACUGCUCAGAGCCCCAACCGGAAAGCGUUGCUGAAGAAUACGUUAACUAUGUAUGUGCCAAUGCCGUGCCCACCGCCAUGACCCUUCAGGAAAUCCAGCUUGAAACAUCAGUUGAUGACACAAUGCAAAUGGUCAUUCAAGCCAUCGAAACCAACAAUUGGUCGGAUCCGUCCACGACAGAAUACAAGAAAGUGAGUGACGAACUGUCAGUGCAUAAAGGAAUUAUACUUCGUGGACACCGAAUCGUAAUGCCCACCUCCUUAAGACGCCGGACAAUCCAUCUCGCACACAUUGGUCAUCAAGGAAUCAUUAAAACCAAACGUCUACUACGCUCGAAAGUCUGGUUUCCUAAUAUUGACAAGAUGGUCGAAGAAACCAUUCAGAAUUGCCUCCCCUGCCAGGUUGCUACUUCGGGCAACCACCCUCCACCUGAGCCACUCAAGAUGACCCAGCUGCCAUCCGAACCUUGGAAAGAAGUUGCAAUGGAUUUCCUGGGCCCUUUUCCAACUGGUGAAUACUUCCUAGUCGUAAUCGAUGCGUUUAGUCGGUUCCCCGAAGUUGAAGUACUCACCACGGUUUUCGCAAAAGCUGUCCUUCCAAAGUUGAAUGCAAUAUUUUCACGACAAGGCCUUCCAGAAGUUCUGAAAAGCGACAAUGGCCCGCCAUUUAACGCUCCCGAGUUCGAGUCAUACGCCAAACACUGCGGUUUUACUCACCGCAACAUCACGCCAUACUGGCCUCAAGCAAAUGGAGAGGCCGAGCGUUUUAUGCGCACACUACAGAAAUGUAUUCGGGCUGCAAUUAUCGAGAAGAAAAACUGGAAGCAAGCGAUGAACCAGUUUCUCCUCAACUACAGGGCAACCCCCCAUUCUACUACUAACAUAUCCCCCUCCGAAAGCCUCAACAACAGGAAGAUAAAGACAAUGUUACCGGAGAUGCCCUCUACUUCAAAACCAGAACAGAAAGCAAUGGCUGAAUAUGAUGUCGGAAGAAAGAACAAAUGAAAUCUUGCGCAGACAACCGUCGGGGUGCCAAAUAAAGUUGCAUCAAACCAGGUGACACCGUCCUUUUGAAACAGCCGAAGGAAAACAAAUUCAGUGUUCCAUACAACCCUCAACCAUUUGUCGUAGAAAAGAAAAAGGGAACAAUGGUUACUGCCAAGAACGUUUCAAAGGUUGUCACACGAAUCUCCUCGCAAUUCAAGGUGAUUUCAACCAAGUCAGCCAAACACGAUGACAAGGAAGUUGAACCAAAGGUUCCAAGACCAUCAAACCCCCAAGAACAAAAAACACUUCAACAAAGACCGAAACGGAACGUAAGACAACCAGCAAGGUUCGCGGACUAUGUAAACUAUGAACCAAUGUGA